CAUUCAAAAAGUAACACCGUUUGUGUGUGCGCGUGCGUGUCAUCGUCCUUCAUUAAAACCGAUCAAAUCUCAAAACCCUAGCAAUCAGGCGCCUUUGCAUCUUCCUUACUCAUGGCCGGCCUCCUCCGUUGUCUUCGUCUUGGCGGUAGAAACAUAUGCAAUACGAAGAAAUUAGGCUUCGUGGGCUCACAUCGUCCUAUUCUUUCUUGGUCUUUUUUCACCACCACCACCGGAACCACCACCCUUCCGGCGGAGGAGGGAAGGCUCGACGAGCAUCAUCAUAUUGGAGGCGUUUUGGGAAAUUUAGGUGCUGCCGCGUCGGAGAAGCAGCGAGACGCUAGCAAAAGUACUCGCGUCGAUGGCCUGGCCCAAUUUGCAGCGUUCGCCAUCGGUCAAGCGCACAAUCUGAAUAUUUAUUUUGAAAGAGUGGUCAGCGCCAAGGUUCAACUGCUCGAUAAUGGCCGAUUAUACUCUAUUACGAUGGAGGCAUUGGAUAGUGGGAGCAAAAAGUUCUUUGAAGUUCAUGUUGUUGAUACCAUCAUCGAAAGCAACAGUCUCUUCUUGAAAGAAUGGUGCGAGCUCAAGUCUCCUCCUCCUGGUUGGACUCCUGCUUGGACUUUAUGGAGAUAGGGUAAAAAUUGAGCUAGAGUCGGGUAAAGCAAAACAGCUGCUGCCGCUCAGAUGGUAAUUAAUAGCAAUAUGAUGUUUUGCUUAACUUUAUUUUAGUGAACUGACUGUGUUAUGUGGUAUGUGUAGGGUUUGGUCUAGUUAGGAAAAGAAGGAAAAAUAGCAGGGUGGUUUUAUUAUGGACUCUGUUGCUCAAAUUGUUGAAUUGUUGAUGAUUUUGUUGUGGUUAUCUAAUUAUUGAUAUAUUUUGCCUCAUAUUGGUUUCGAGACAAAGUUUCCCCAAUAUAUGCUGUGGGAGUAUCUAACAUUUGUUAUUACUUCAACAAAUAUCAUCUUGUGUUUUCUUGACA